CAUUGCAGAUCGAUUUUUUUACAAGUUUUGAGACGCGUUAAAAGUGUUCGAAAGUAUGGCCUAUAAAGUGAUAGCAGUUUUUGGCGUGGCUUUGAUUGGCAGCUGGAUGACUUUAGCACAGGACAGGGAGUUGGAAGAAGCCCCUCUAGAAGUAUCGACGGAAAAGUCCAACAACAUUACCUCGUUCGAGUCAUACUUGGAUGCGUUCAACAAAAAAUACUUUGCAAAAUAUCGCAUGGAACGGCGGCGGACGGCGUUCGAGAAGAACCUCGAAGAAAUCAACAGCCACAACAGAGAGUUCGAGGAGGGGAAAAGUCAGUUCAGAAUGGGGCUGAACAAAUUUGCUGAUUUGGACAACGAACUGUACAAGAAGCAGAUGGUCCGCAUGCGGGACACCAACCACCGCAAGAUGGACGUGGAAAUCAACGACGAAAUUGUGGGUGCCGCUGCGAAGGACGUCCCGGACAGCCUGGACUGGCGAACGAAGGGCUUCGUGACGAGUCCGGUGAACCAGAAGACGUGCGGUUCCUGUUACGCGUUCAGCAUUUCGUACGCCAUCACGGGUCAAAUCAUGCAGCGCAUCGGGCGGCUCGAGUAUGUGAGUCAACAGCAGCUGGUGGACUGCUCGGUCGAGACGGGGAAUCAGGGUUGUGCCGGUGGUUCGUUACGGUACACCCUCAAGUAUCUUGAGAAAUGUGGUGGAAUCAUGCGACAGGUCGACUACCCGUACACUUCUUCGGUGAGUACAACCAAAAACCCUUCUUAAAACAUCCAACUUCCAGCAGCAAUUGCCAAUCCUGCCAUCGCCCCCCAUCAUCAUCGGAAGCAUCAAAUCAUCGUUUGUCAAAGGUAAUUGGAUUCCGAAAAAAAAAACUUUGUUACGCUACUUCCAGGCACCGUGAAGAAGUUCAGCCGGAUAAACAUGGCUCAUUACAAGCAACAAUUUGCCACAUGCAAAGCGCCCAGAAGUAGCUAGUUCACACGUCGUUCGUUGCUGCGCUCGGUGGAAAGACCUGCGAAGGACCAACUUUUACCGUCUCGCGUGAAAAGCUCUGAUGGAAUGGAUGUUGAAUUUUCCGCCUGGCGUGUCGAAGGGUUAUUUCCCCGGUGCUGCUGCUGCUGCUGCUUCGGAGAAUUGGUGAGAAAGAAGACAAAAAGUUGUCCUUUGAAAAUUAUUUGCGACUGACUAAAGCGAUGGAGAAGCAAUCGCUUGUUCCUUAGGGGAAGCCCCGAAGACCUGUUAAUUGGAUGUGAUUCAUCAAUUUGGCGCCUUUUUAUGUCGUGGCGUGAGCUGGUGACACUGUCGUUUGUCUUA